AUGGCGCGUCUUAGCGUCGCGUUCCUUGCGCUGCUGUUCCUUGCCGUUAUCAUCUGCGCAGAGGCGGGCAGGGUGAGCACGCUGAGCAAGAAGGGCAACAAGGGCAAAACGGGCGGCACGGUUAAAGGAGGCGUGAAGGCAGGAGGCGAGAUCAAAGGAGGCGUCAAAGCAGGAGGCGAGGUCAAAGUAGGCGUGGGCGUGAAGACAGGAGGCUCGGUCAAAGGAGGCGUGAAGAAGGGCGGUUCCAAGAAAGGCGGAUCGAAGAAAGGCGAAUCGAAGAAGCCGGUGACGACGGCACCCAAGAAGGUCGGUGCUUCCUCCGCCAAGGGCGCCGAUCUGACGAGCAACACGGAUUCAUUCAGCACCUUCAGCGCGGGCGAGGUUACGAUCAAAGGCGCGUCGUGGAAUGCGAAGCAGUGCCCGAACGACCUGGCUAAAAAGGACUGGGGCGGGUGCACCGCCGUGAACUGCUCCAAGGGCGGCUGGCCCGCCAAGUUCAAGACGUCGAUCAUUACCACGAAGCAGGGGAAGCACUGGGCGACCAUCCUGCCCAACGGCGGGUUCUCCAAGAAGAAGGCUACCCCCGAGUCGAUGGGGACUUGCGAUCUGAUGGCCGGCGAGCAGAAGUUCGAAUGCGGCGACCUGGCAGCGAUUUACGAGGGCAAGGACAAGCCUGUGUACAUGCAGGUGCGCGCUGGCGGCAGGUGCAACGACAACCCCGAGGUCAUCGACGACCCGCACUUCACCGGCGCGCACGGCACGCACUUCGACUUCAACGGCCGUCCCGACAAGGCGUUCUGCCUGCUGACGGAUACGAACGUGCACGUGAACAUGCUGCUGAGGGGAUACCUCGACGACCGUACCGAGGGCGCCGCCCUUGUUGUCGACGGAAAGGCCGUUCACACGUGGAUCAAGGAGCUCGGUAUCGUGUGGUUCGCCAACGGUGCUGACCACCGUCUCCGAUUGGUUGCCCGCAACGGCAAGGAGCAGGAGCGCGGCGCUGGUUACAUAAAGGCCAUCGAGGUCGACGGAACCGUGAUCCAACGGCUGCUGCUCGGCGAGAAAUUCAACGGUAACGGUGGCCUUACGAUCGCCCUCCGUGCGUACGAGAAGCAGGGCCCGUACGACGUGGAUUACUACACCGUUUCAAUCGCCGGUAUCAUAUCGUUCGACAUCCGCCUGCGUGUGGCUCACCCGAAACUCCAGACCCCCAGCGAGGCCGAGGUUCACAUCAACGUGGCCGUUACAUCUUUCGACUACACUGAGAACGUUCACGGCGUGCUGGGUCAGACUUACAGGGAGGACCACGUCGACCGUGCGAUUGAUUUCCAGCAGCUCGUGUCGUCGCUCCACCGCCCGGUCUCUGCUGACGGGGAGCUCGGCGCGGGAUUCCUGGAUGGAACUCCCCGCGCGUACGAGGCUGCAUCUGUCCUCGGUGUGGACUGCGCGAUGGCAGCGUACCACCGUGCCAUGCCUGAGAGCGCCGCUUCCAACUAA